AUGUUUGCGCUGAAGAGUUUGACCAACUAUCUCUUCGGCAGUACAAGCAAGGAGAACAUCGUUGAACUUCCCGCUGGCAAGCUAUUCCUCGUACGACCUCACUCCAUCAAAGGCUACAGUGAACUCCUAUUCCGAGACUCUGCAGCAUACAUACGACGGACUGGCCAAGACUUCCAGUAUCAGCUGGUCAUCCAACGCGCGUACGAAGAAGGCGAAGCGGAGCUACUCGAAGGGGAAGGCGGACCUGAAGCUGUCGCAGACGGCCAUAGUGACAAGGACGAGAAGACAUUCUUGCUUGACGAGGAGCUACACUUCCGUGUUCAUUUGAAGGAAGACGGACAAGCUGUGCUUGCUUGGCGCGAUCUCUCUGGUGACGAGGGUGACCUCUUCGAGUUCGCUUGUGAACCCCCUACCAAGCCGGAGAGUGCUACUAGUUUCGGCCUGGUCGCUGCGCAGUGUCAGUACGAGAGAAAGUACCGGAAAGGCCAUCAGCAGGCGACCGAAGAAGACCUCGAGCAGUUUGCGUUCGAAGACGAGCCGCCUGUGCCCGAAGCCAGCCCUCUGUCAACGCCCAGCGGACGCUCACCAGCCUUGUCGCCGUCACCGCAGACCGUAAGAUCACUGAACGAGGUGAGAAACGUCAGCGAAAUCGACAUGGCGCGCUUGACCAAGAGCACAGCAACGCCGCAAAAGCAGAUCGAGCAAACGCCGACGAAAGCGCCAACAGCCCGCAAAGCUCCCGAGAGUCGCGAGAUCCUGGUGAAUGAGAAGGCAGAGCUUCAUCUAUUUGACUUCCAAUCCGGCACGUUUAUACUUCAAGACGCAGAGGUGCAUGCCACGGUAACCGAGGUCGGCAACUGGAAGUACUGGCUCCAAAUUACAGGCAGCAAGCAGCAAUGGCUUGGUCAAGAGGUCGUACCUGACAUUAAUCCGGUCUUCAACUUCGAGUAUCUGAGCUUCAUAUUCAACCACUAUACCGAAGACGGAUCGGCAUACUCGUGGUUGCUUAAGUUCAAGGAUCGUGAGACAGAGGAGCGAUUUCAGGAGGGACUGAUGCAGGCUUUGUGGGAGCAUCUGAACGAGACGAAGUGGCAGAAAGCGGUGAAAGAUGCGGACAGAGAUUACGUGCUGGAUGCCUUCAAUGAUCUGGUAAUAGAGGACACGACACGUGAUGACCAGCGUGAGGCGGAAGCUGCAGAGGAUGACGAAGAGGAAGAUGAGUUCGAAGAUGCGCAUGAAGGUCAGCGAAAGGAGGAUUUGGAUGAGGACGAAGACGAGGAUGAGGUGGACCUGGGCCGCGACGCUGAUGGCAGUGUCAACUCGCAGCUCGCGGUGGGUGCGAAGGUCGAUCGAUCCUUCGUCGUCAGAGGCGACAAGAUUGGUGUCUUCAGGCACACGCCCGACAACCAUCUCGAGUUCAGCACGUCAAUCAACAAGAUUGCGACUCCGAAAGGCAAGGUCUUUGCGCCAGGCAAGAUCAUGCUGCAUGCCUCCGACAGGAAUAUGGUGCUCCAAAACCCCAAUGACAAGAACAACCUGUACCGCAUGGAUCUCGAGUACGGCAAGAUAACGGAAGAAUGGAAGGUGCACGAUGACAUUCCAGUCAACAUCUUUGCGCCGGAGAAGAAGUUUGCGCAAACGACAGACGAGCAAACUUUCCUGGGCUUGUCGUCCAAUGCGCUUUACCGGAUCGAUCCACGCCUGGCAGGUGACAAGCUCGUAGACUCCGAGCUGAAGCAGUACGCAAGCAAGAAUGACUUCUCCGCUGCCGCCACCACAGACAAGGGCUACAUAGUCGUUGGAUCGAACAAGGGUGACAUUCGCAUGUUUGACCGCCUCGGCAUCAACGCAAAGACCGCCCUACCAGCUCUCGGCGACCCCAUCAUCGGCGUGGACGUCAGUGCUGACGGGCGAUGGAUACUCGCCACCACCCGGACGUACAUCUUGCUCAUUGACGCACUGCAGAAGGAAGGCAAGAAUGAAGGCAAGCUCGGCUUUGAGAAAGCUUUUGCGAAGGACAGCAAGCCACAACCGCGCCGCUUAGCACUGACACCGAACCAUGUUGCGCAGUUCCAGCACGAGACCAAGCAGCCGCUCUCAUUCACGCCCGCUCGGUUUAAUACCGGCGAAGGUAACAAGGAGACUACCAUAAUAACCGCCACCGGACCAUUCGUCGUGACUUGGAGCCUGGAGAAGGUACUGCAAGGAAAGAGGGACCCUUACAAGAUCAAGCGGUACACUGAGGAGAUCAAGGCGGACAACUUCCGCUUCGGAAGCGACAAGAACAUCGUUGUGGCGCUACCCAACGAGGUGGAUAUGGUGGCGAGGCGGGCCCUGCAAAGACCGACGAGAGAGUCUAUCAUGGCUCCGCCAGCUACGCCUCGCAGGACCAAGGGCAGAGGAAGCUACCUCGGUCGAAACGAGAUUGUGAACUCGCCAUACUGA